GAAUUAAAGGGAAAAGAGGAUAAACCCAAGCCAGAAUCCAAGGAGUCUACUACAAUGACAGAUCCUUCAGUGGUAGAUCACCUGACACGACUGAAACUCAAACUCCUAGAAAAGAGACUAGAAAAUGAACAGGAGAACCUAGAGAAGAUGGAGCCACCAGUCCCAGCCUCAAGGAACAGACGUGAGGAUGAGCUCCAAAGUGCCCUAAGGCGAAGGAAAGAUCUUCUGCAGGACCUUAGGGAGCAGCACCUUCUGGAAGAGCUUUCACAGCCAUCUGCACCAGCUGGAGGACACUGUCAUAGCCACAGAGUCGAUCCCCCCCAUGUCUACCAGCUACCUUUUCCAGCUCCCCAAGUGGAGCCACCAAGGAUUAUCCAGCAGGCGAUGCCACCUCAGCCUGCCACCAUCAUCCAACAGUUACCUCAGCCACCUCCCUUGAUAACACAGAUCCCCCCUGUCCAGCCUUUUGCAGCUUCCCGCUCUGGAAGCAUUAAAGAAGAUAUGGUAGAGAUGAUGUUGAUGCAGAAUGCUCAGAUGCACCAGAUCAUCAUGCAGAACAUGAUGUUGAAGGCUCUGCCACCAAUGGCAUUUGCACAGCCUGCUGGAGCCAGCCCUCCCCUGCUUCAGCAUACACAGCAGGACCCGCAGUUUGCUGCUCCCCUGGCUGUGAAAGCAGACAGACCCAAACUGUCUGCAGUGCACCACCACCACCACUACCCCCCCAGAGAGGUGCUCCCAGUGCCACAGGGCAGCUUCCCCUCCACAUCCACCCCACAUCACUGGACCAGCAGUAUGCUCCCUGCCCUGCCUACGUGGCCCACAUACUGACAGUAUGUGUUUCUCUGCAAGUGGACCAUAGCAUUGCUGAGAUCAGCCUGUAUUUGAACAAUUCCUAAGUAACCUGUGUGAUUGACAGCCUAAUGUCUGUAAGACUGCACGUUGUUGAUACAAGAAGUGAGUGGGAGAAUGAUUACAGAUGUUCAGAAUAAAUGUACCAUGCACCUGUAGUCUGCUCACCCAUUUCUGCUAGUUCAGUUGCUUCCUCUCAUCUCCCAAGCCCAGACCAGCCACAAGCGAUGAUCAUUUUUUGCUGUCUCUUCAAAGAAUCAAGAAAACCGAUCCUGAAGCGUCUUGCGGGCCUGGCAGCCCACAGCAGCCCCUGGGCAUGAAAUAGUCUUAACAUCAGUGUUAUCAGAGCCCUUGCGAAUCAGGGCCCUUUACUUUCCAAACUGAGGAAACACCCCUUGCAAAGGGGCCUGCUGGCCUCCUUCCGGUGACAAUGCAAACUAACCUAGGAUGAGAGUUUAGUCACCAAACUUCAUCAGCCUGAAGUGCUACACCCUCAGCAUUUUGAGGUCUACUCCCUCACAGAUAUAUUUGUCCUACAGUAAUUACCUAUCUGGGGAAGUUAAGAUGAGCAGGAAGAUGCAACAGCAAGUUACCUGCAUAACAGAGCAAAAUCCUGGCAGUGGAUUUUCCUGAAGACUAGCACUCUGCCCUACAUGUAUGAGUUGGCUUUACACACUCUUUGGAUAAAGAAUUCUAAGUGGAGAAGAACAGAAAGAAAUCUGCUCUCUGCAGGGUUUGAAUGGUAAUGCAUGAUGUCCACCACUAGCUAAACUGCAGCCCAUGUUUUCUGCCCUGGAAGGGCUUUGGCUCCCAGUCUCUUGC